UUGACCUCUUACGUCUAUGUUUCAUGUUACAUCUCCCCCUUUCCUGUCCUGGCAGCUUUAAUGUCACAUGAUUCACACAUUGACCACAUACACUUUCAUUUUGAUUGGAGUUCCAUGAACUGCAAAGCAGUGCAACCUAAACAAUCUGAAACCAGACAGAGUACACACAUUAUAUUAUAUAACAUUUAUAGAUCAGAGAUAACUGAAAUUAUACGUGAUAAUGAGGACUGAGAAUGUGGAAAUGGACAGAGGAGAAAGAGUGGAGAUGGUGGUGGCUAUCUAUGACAGUGCAGAUACUGUGAGACAUCAUGAUCUCCGGACUCACGCAGAGAGACGACAACCACUUCAACACACAGGAAGUGUCUCAGUGAAGAACAGAAAGCACAGAGCAGCUGAAGUGUGUUUGUGUCUGCUGUGUUUUCUUCUGCUGACUGCUGUAAUAGUGUGUGUGUGUUUCACCUCCGAGAGAAAGCAGUUACUAACUCAGAUCAGUAACCUGACUGAAGAAAGAGAGAAGACACUUGCCAAAUAUGAGCAGAUACUGAACCACAAUAAUAACCUGACUAAAGAAAACAAGCAAAUACUUUCUAAAUAUGAGCAGAUACUGAACCAAGAAAGACAGCAGAUAUUUACAAAUAAUAUAAAAUUAAUAGCAGAGAAAGAACAUUUACUGAAGGAGAACAAAAUUAUGACUGAAGAAAGAGAGCAGAUAAAAAAGACCUGUGAACUCCAACAAGGACUUUUGGAACAAGAUCAGCAAGAGGAUCCCUUUAAAUGGAUUUACUACAACUUUAGUUUUUAUUAUAUUUCAUCUGAGAGGAAGAGCUGGAGUGACAGCAGCAGAGAUUGUCAACAGAGAGGAACAGAUCUGGUGAUCAUAAACAGUUCAAAGGAACAAGUAAGUGAUAAUGAAAAAGAUUUUGCGUUGACAGUUGAGUUGUUUGUGCAUGUUGCUCUAUACGGGUUGGUCUGUUUUAAGUCAAGUCAAGUCACCUUUAUUUAUAUAGCGCUUUUAACCAUACAGAAUGUGUCAAAGCAGCUUUACGGUAUUAAAUACGGAACAGUGUAUAAUAAUGCAAAAGGACAACAGUAA